AUGGAUUGUGGCUGCUGUGCGCUGCCGCUCUUGUUGCGAUGCCAUCCCGAACUGGUCACCGGGGCCACACUACUGCAUCCCCGGAAGACAAUUUCGCUGCUGCUGCGGUCAGAUGGGCGAACAUUGCGUCGCUUCUGCGAUAAGGUGCCGUCGCAGACGAUGCGCGGCAUGCUGCCGGCCUUGUUUGGUCAGGUGAGCGAUCGCCAAUUCAUAGAUGUGGUCGUGCCCCUGCUGUCCAGCUCCGAACAAGCAGAUGCGCUGUCCAAGAUCGUUUGCUCUCUGGACACGGGCGCUAUGCUGGAAGUCUUGAACGGGGCUUUGCCAGGGCGACUCCUAGUCGUUCUUCAAGCCCCCGCCGAGGCCUUGGCCACGAUCAUUGCGCAUGUCGGUCCUGGCCGGAUUGGCAGCGUGGUGGUGCCGCUUCUCCAGGAGUCAGAGGAACUUCUGCGGGACAAGCUUGUUCCCUUCUUGGGCAUGAUCCACAAGCCCGAGAACAUGGCCAAAAUAGUCGACCAGGUGGAUGCCUCCGUGCUCAUCGCGCUGCUCCGCGGUGUUCGGGCGGAGGCUCUCGCAGAGGUGGUGAACGGCUUCUCCGAGGAGGAUUUCAAGCCCGAGGGCCGGGUGAUUCAGCUUCUGCAGGCGCUAAACAGCGUGCCAGAUCUGGCGGAAGAGAAAAUCGUGCCUCUGAUGGAAAAGGGAGAGCCGGGCAAGAUUGUUCGAAUGGUCCAAGGAAUUCCAGCCGAAAAGCUGUUGGCGGUGCUUAGCUCUACCGAGGCUGAUGGAGUUCUUCGCCUGCUGGAGAACACAAAUGCCGACUUCGCAGUGCGCCUCUUCCAGCUGCCUUUGGACUCAGUCAUAGCCUCCAUGGCCGGCGGCCUUUCAGAUGUCUUGGUGGACCGGCACAUCGCAGGGCUGGUAAAGCACAGCACCGACACUCUGCAGGCUGGCCUGGCGCAGGCCGACGACGUCCUCGCGCGUGGCUUGCAGGCUCGCGGAGCAGAUCCAAGCGGUGGAUACAAAUUCGGCGACCUCACACGAGGCUUGCUUUCCAUGGGGCAAGAGAGUCUCGAGAAGGGCAAGGAGCUUGUGGAGCUUCACUCGAAGCCAUUGCAGGAAGGCUGGGAGGCUUUGCAAAAGGACAUGGCCAUCAAAACGGAGAAUCUGACUGAGACGCUGCAGCAGCACGUCGACGAGCACAUGCAGAAGGUGCAUGUCUCGCUGGGAGAGAACGCCCAGCUCCUCAAGGAGGGCCUUGCCUCGAGCAAGAAGCGCUUGUCUUCCUUCAGCUGCCGCAACAACACUGCCUACGAGAAGGGUCUACAGGAAGAGGAGGUUUUCUGA